AUUCAUUUUACUUUUUGUAAUUUUUUCCCCUUGUAAAUAUUUCUAAGUUUAACUUAAGCUUGUUCGAUGCAUUUGUUGGAUAAUUGGAGAAGGCUCAAUUGGAAGCAGUUAGGUUAGUCCAGGUGGGGAAUUGGAGUGAAGCAACUGAUGCAAGAAACAAAGUUUUGCGAAUGUUGCAAAACAUGACUGGGUUGCCUACUUUGUAUGACUAUACAAGGAAGGUUCCUUGUGAGGAUGAUUUGGUUGAAAAUUUCUUGAACAUUGCUGAGGUGAAGAAGGCCUUGGGGAUCAAUGAAUCUUUUGUGUAUGAGAUAUGUAGUGAUGUUGUAGGGGAUGUCUUACAUGCUGAUGUGAUGGAAAGUGUGAAAUAUAUGGUGGAGUACUUGGUGAGGUGGAGCAAGGUGUUGUUAUAUCAAGGUCAACAUGAUUUGAGGGAUGGUGUGGUUCAAACAGAGGUUUGGGUGAAAGCAAUGAAAUGGGAAGGGAUUGUGGAGUUUGUGAAUGCUGAAAGGAAAAUAUGGAAGGUUAAUGGAGAGCUUGCUGGAUAUGUUCAGAAUUGGAAGUCUCUAACCAAUGUUGCGGUUUUGGGUGCUUGCCAUCUUUUGUCUACUGAUCAGCACUGUUAAUUCUCAAAAAAUGAUAGAAGAUUGGGUUUUCGAAAGGGGUUUGUUUAAAAGUGUGCAGGAUGAAAAUGUAUCUAAGAAGUCUAUAUUUGUUAUGUAACUAUUUGAAAUUCAUCACGAAUUAUAUAUAUAUAUAUAUGUCAUGGUUCCAGUUCUGCUGUGAAUGAAUAAAA